CGGAAAUGCGCCAUCAGGGACCGGAAGUGCGGCGUAGACCGUCAGGGCGGCGACCGUGUGGAUAACGGGACCGGAGAAGCGGAAGUGCUGAGGAUCGGUCUUGACGGAGAAUGAUUGCCGUCCUACAGAUAUCCCAGUUUCCUAGUGACUAUGUCAGGACCACUGACUGAGAAGAGCUCCAUGUCGGCCCUCACCCUCAGCCUCCUCACCUCUCACAACGACCUCCUGUCUUCCAAGAGUCGUCAGAUCUAUGCCCACACUGAUCUGCAGAGCGCCAUGGGGUUAAUGACUGCAGAGCUGGGGUGUGGGGCCCCAUCAGACCGCACCAACCCAAAAUGGCUUAAGGAAGGGCAGAACCAGCUACGUAAAGCUGCCGAACAUGAGAAGGAAGACCAGAACUGCAACCCUGAUCCUGAGUGCAUGAACAAAGACUGGACCAACUGCAACCAAGAGAAAGAAGAGAGGAGAACUGAGGAGCUGGAAGUGUCCGCACUGAACUGUGUGAACCGCAGCAGCAUGAACUCGUCUCCUCCACUGCUCAUCCAGGAUGGAGAUGACGAGGAGGAUGAUCUGACUCCUGCCCAGAGCGAGGUCACUGACCCCAUUACUACUGAGACCUCGGAGCUCAGUUCUGAGGUUAUGCAGGAAAAUGGAAAGGGCAGAGAGAAUGGGCGCAGUGCCAGUCUCCUUUUUGGCAUGCGAAAUACUGGUGGAAGUGAUGAGGACUCCAGCUGGGCAACGCUUUCCCAAGGAAGCCCAUCCUAUGGUUCCCCUGAUGACACAGAUUGCUUCUGGCAACGUAACUCUCUGGACACGGACUCCGAUUUGCCUUCUGGUUGGAUGCGUGUGCAGGACACCUCAGGAACUUACUACUGGCAUGUACCCACUGGAACCACGCAGUGGGAGCCACCGUCAGAUCUGGGCAGUGAGGAGCCAAGGAUGUACUCUCCGUCCACCGAGCAGACCCCCACGGAGGAGAUCUCGCAGGAGGAGUUAUCAGACAUCAGUCACCAUGAGGCCGAAGACGUCACCUGCCACAUCAACACCCUAAAUCUCAGCUCUGUUCAUUCAUUAGAAGAAGAGAAAGGGCCACUUCUGAUCUCUGACUCGGGGCCACAGAGGUUUUCGGUGUGCUCUCUGGGUUGGGUUGAAAUGACAGAGGAGGACUUGGCCCCGGGACGGAGCAGUGUGGCCGUGAAUAGCUGCAUUCGACAGCUGUCUCUUCACAACCAGAGCCUGAGGCAGGGGAAAGACAUGCUGCUGGUGCUGGAUGAUGACUCCCUGAAGCUCUAUGACUCCUCUGGACAGACACUGCUGCACUCACAGCCCAUUGUCAGCAUCCGUGUGUGGGGCGUGGGGCGAGAUGAUGGCAGAGAGAGGGACUUUGCUUACGUAGCGAGAGACAAGCUGACGCAGCUGCUGAAGUGUCAUGUGUUCCGAUGUGAGAUGCCGGCCAAGGCUAUAGCGACAGGUCUGCACAGCGUCUGCUCCCGGAUAAUGGCUGAAAGAAGAACCACUCGAUCCCUCAUGGACGGGCUGUUACUGGACCAAUCUCGGCUGGUGGACGUCCCUUUCCAAGUUGAGUUUCCAGCUCCAAAGAAUGAACUUGUUCAGCGUUUCCAGGUAUUCUACUUGGGGAACGUCUCUGUCCAUAAACCCGUGGGAAUGGACCUGAUAAACAACACCCUGCAGACUGCAAUGAGCACCGACCGUGCGGACUGGACCCCCGUCAUUGUUAAUGUGGCCUCAGCGACCGUAACCGUCUUACACCAGCAGACGGAGGCGACUCUCAGUGAAUGCCGCGUCCGAUUCCUUUCUUUCAUGGGGGUCGGACGUGACGUCCACACAUUUGCUUUCAUCAUGGCAGAAGCCCCGGGAAUCUUCAUCUGUCACAUGUUCUGGUGCGAACCCAACGCUGCUCAUCUGUCGGAGGCUGUUCAAGCUGCCUGCAUGCUGCGAUAUCAGAAGUGCUUGGACGCGCGGCCUCAGAGCGUCUCCUGUCUGCCCGCUCCUCCUGACUCAGUUGCCCGCCGCGUCGGCUCCAGUGUCCGAAGAGGAGUGCAGUCCCUGAUCGGCUCCUUCAAAACCAAGCGUCCUGGAGGACAGACACCUUGACUCUCCAGUGACAUCUGCGCCCGCCCUGCGCGGUCUGCUGGGUGCAGCAUGUAUGUUCUUUAGUCUUGUAUCCCGCUAUUGGAAGGGCAGAAAGACACUCUAGUGAUGGGGUUACCUCUGGAAUACCAGGACCCUGUAUGAGGCCUUCUGAAGAGCAAUAAGGCGACAGAAAUCUGCCGGGACCUUGUCUUUGGGAGGUUGUUAUUGUGCUUGUGUAUAUAAUGUGUCUGUGUGGUGUAACGUCUAACACAUUAAUAUCACGCGUGUGCAGCCUGAAAACUCCGUGUUCUGGACUGCUCCCACGUGGCAUCUAUUGGAGCAGUCAUGACCUCGUAGUUGUGAUAGCACAGUGUCCACCUUCCAUCGAUGACCUCUGGCCUGGCGCAGAGCAGUCCCUCUUCUGGUGCAUGACAUGUAGUUCUUCAGCACGCCAUGCAGAGCAGAAUGGGGGCUAUAUUGCUCCGCAUCUUAGAAGCCAGUAGCAUAGCAGAUUUCAAUCGUGGCCUGAUGUGGGAACCUGCCAGUGAUGACCAAAAUCUGACUUCAUUCUGCAGUCCCAAUGAGUCCCUUACUGGUGCUGAUCCUGACCUUGCCGUUCUUAGCAUCAAGACAUUUGUGAUGUGACCCCACUCUACUUGGUGUGAACCCAUGCAGCUGUGACCUGGGUUUGCACCUUGGUACAGUGGUGGUGCGUCAUUAACACCCCCAGCGUGCAGUCACCUCGCCGUGGUUGGAGGAUAACGCGGCAUUAAACCAUGUAGCUGCUGCUCCGUGUGUGAUAACACUACAUCGAAGCAAACCCCUGUCUCUGUUCAUGCUGCGUGUACUAUAACUCUACGCCUCUAGAAUUCUGCCAGCGGAAGGUUCCCGCGGCAGAGGGUAACAUAUGAGAGCCCCAUAAGGUUAUUUACAGUUGUAGUUGUAUUUAUUGCACCUUUUCUCUUUAUAUAAUUUAAUACAUUGUGAGAUUGAGGUUUGGAAACGGUUUCUGAUCCAGCUGACCCUCUCUCCCAUGUUUGCUUAGACCAUGUAUGUGAGCGAUCAGACGUGUGUCAUAUAGAAGCUGUUGUGCGUGAAACGCCGAUAUACCCUAGUUCUGGAACACACUGAUGUAUGACUGGUCUAUGUGAUGAGCUGGUAUACCAGAGCUUGCCAGGGUAUGAAUGGUGUGUGCGGUGUCCUGGAACACGCACCUGAGUGGCAGCUGAACCCCUGUUUGUGCACUACUGUCAUUGUUAACACUAAAAUCCUCUGUUAUAUCCAAUCUAAUGAAAUAAAAGCCUAACCCGACAGAU